AUGGAAGGGGAGCCGCCCAGGAAGAAGUACUCGCGUAAGCGGAAGGUUGACGGCGACGUUUUCCUGUUCUCCGACUUCGAUCGGCGCCUUCGGAAGUUCGAAGGAGGGGUAGACACCCCCGCCGAUUUGAUGAACGUGACUUCUAGAACAAUCAAGCGCGGCGACUUAACGCUUUCCAUCCUUGAUCCCAGAAUUUUUUUGAAGGGUGUCAAUAUAGACGCCAUCGCCCUCCCCGACAAGUUUGCAAGGAGCGACGCGAUCGCUGUCCCGAUACGGACCGCGCCCGACGUGUCACCCUUCGCACACUGCAGCUUCGUCGCCAUAGUGUUCCCGGGCGACAUUCUAACGUACGACAUGCGGGAUGACAUCCGGACGAGACUGGUCCUCGUCAAUCCCCCGUCAGGUCCCCGGUUGCACGCCACUCUUGUCCGGUCGGUGACGGGAUGGUUCCGCAAGUACCUAUGCAAAGUCAGAGAGCGCGGUAACGGUGGCCCGUCGCAUAAAGAGAUUGUUGAUCGCAUCAGGCAAAUUCCAACUUCAAUGUUCCCGAAGUUGCCGCCGACUUACGAAGACUGGGAAUGGACAGGAGGAAGAUGCGUCCGCGCGCUCCACGAGGUACUGGCGCGCAUGAAUCGGGAUGACGAUGUCAGUGAGCCAUUCUUGAAGCUCGAAAGGACGGACAAAGAUGGAACCCAACACGUUAGGAAGAUCGCAAACACCAUCGACGCAUGCGACGGCUGUGAGGACGAGGGGCCGUCAGUGAGCCCUGGUAUUUGCGUAAAGAAGGAGCCCGCAGACUGGCGGUGUACGGGAGGACGUGCGGUGGGAGCGGCAGUCGGCGGCUCAGGGGGCCAGGCGGCCGCGCCGGCAAUUGACAACGGCGUAGAUGUGCGCGCAACACGCGGUGGAGCUUCCGGUGCGGCCGGUGGGCGCAACGCCGACCACGUCGCGGGAGUGGCGGCCAAUGCGGCACGUCGCCAAAAGGGGUCGGGACGAGCGAAACCGGAACAUGCGGUCGCCUCGUCUGCCCCGCAGGACACCGUCGAGCAGACGAGGGGAGGGGAUGCAGGCCGUAUCAACACCCAGAAGCUCCUCGCCAACACGGAACAGGGCCUUCUGACGGUCUUGCCGAAUCACGGGGAGAGAAUCCGGAAUUUGGAGGCCACGAAUCAGGCGAUGAAGUCGAUGGUGAUAGCAUGCAUAGAGAGUAUAGCGAAGACGCUUUCCGGGUUGGGAGAGGACCUCAAAUCGCAGCACCCCCGCCCCCCCCCGUAUCCUACAACUCCUCAUCCAGGGUCCCAGGGCAACGAAAAUGUUGGGUUGUGCAGGCAGGCCGGCAAAGACGUGCGCAACGAGGUAGACCCCGGGGGUGGCCAACACGCGAACGACCGGAAGCGGGUGCGGGCGGAGGGGGCGGGUUUCAAGCCCACUCCUCUGCAUGAUUCUCAUCCUCCUGUUCCAGCUACACCGCAGCUGGCGCGGACGAGAGCCCUGACGACCAACAGCCCGUGCACGCCGCAAGGUGACUCGGCCGCAACGCGCACGCACCGUCGCAAAGCACCCGUUAACAAAAACGUCCCGGCCACGCGCGCCGAUCCCGACUCCACGCCGCCCCCGUUCACCGCGCCCCAACGGAAAAGAGCACGAUCCCGGGAGGGAAAACCUGCUGGCAUGGUGUCCGCACCAACGCCCCCCAAGUGCCCGCCGGCAGACGGGGAGUUGCCGCAAGCGUCCGCGUCUCUGAAACGAGGGCGGUUCGAUCGGGAGUGCAUGCCUCCGCUCGCACUAGCACAGCAGCUGAUACGGGAACGGAGCACGUGCGGCGGCGCACAGCAGGACGUGUGCGGGACCGAAGGCCCUGGCGCGGAAGCGGGGGCCGGGGCAGGCGGCAGGGCAGGAGGCGACACAGAGAAGAAGGGUGUGUCGGACGAAGGAACUCCGCGGGCCGUCGAUAAGGGCGGGCUGUGCACGGUGGGCGAGGAACACGCGCGCAACGAGGUGGAAACGCAGGCGGGUGGCCGCCGCGCGGACGACGCUGGGAUGGCAUCGGCGGGUGGAGCAGAGGAACGUGCCGUGUGUGCGGGCGAGGAAGCAAAGGAGGUGAAGAGCACGGAGGUGAAGGGCAUCUCGCAAGUGGGCAAGGAAGCGUGGACUGCCUUCGCAGUCCUUGAUGGGAAGUAUCGGUUCCUGGGCUCGCACGGGAAACGCGAGAGCGCUCUGUACGUCCAUUUGAUGGCGCGAACGGUGUUCGGCGAGCAGGUCGACAUUGGGGGCCUGCGGAUCACCUCGAGCAAGGCCGCGUGGGAAGCAGACCGGAAUAAGGCGCGCCUCAUCUCUCCCGGCCUCUGGGCGGUCAUGCACGGACACGGGCUAACGAGCAUCAUGGCCGGGUACCGCGCGGUUCUGGAGGGUUUCACUGCCGACGAGGGCGACGAGGAGAGCGCGCAGUUGGCCAUCUGCGCGGCCAUCGGGACUGCCGCCGCCAACUUCGAGAAGCGGAGUGGCGCAACCGCCAAGGUUUUCGCUCCAGCACUGGCUGCAUCCUGCGCGGCGGUGUGGAGCAUAUGGCGUGGAGUCCGCACCAACUGCGCCGUGGACCGCGCCGUAGCAGCGGCCAAAGCCGUUGGUGCAGAGCAGUCGCAGUUGGCGCACUGCAAGGACGUGAUCACCGCGGUCCUCAACACUUUGGGUAACAGAUCUCACGAGCGCAGAGAAGAGGCGAAGUCCGACCCAGACGGGCACGUUGCGUGGGUAAUCGAGCAAGCGUUGGGCGGCCCAGGCCUGGCGACGAGCGACGACGCCAAGGUGGUGGCGAAAGAGAUGACCGACACGCUCGGCAUGUGGUCGGCUUGCACCGUCGCUGCAGGUCCUUUGGUGGAGACCGGCUUCGAUAUGCCCCAAACUGCCGAGAUGAAACGCAAGUGCGAGAUCCGGGCAGAGUCCUGGCUCGGAGGACUCCGCCCGACAGUGCAGCACGGAUCUCCCCUGAGUGCUCAACCCAUGCGCCCCAGAACCCAGCAGGGAUCUCCCCUGAGUGCUCAGCCAAUGCGGCCCAGAACCCAGCAGGGAUCUCCCCUGAGUGCUCAACACAUGCGCUUCAGAACCCGGCAGUUAAACACGAAUCUCCCCUUAGUGCUCAACCCAUGCGCCCCAGAACCCAGCAGGGAUUUCCCCUGA